CUUUAAUUUUGCUCUUUAUUUUCAGAUAAUAUAAAAAUUUAAAAACGCUUGGUGCAAAUUUGCACUCAGAUAUCCUUUACGGAUGUUCAAAUGAGACGUAUCCUUUACGGAGUAUCCAGAUAGCAACGAACAUUUCUGAAUCAAAUAUUACGCAAAAGUAAUUUGUAUCAUAAUUAAAAAAAGCUGAAGGAAACUGAACUAAUUAGACUGGCUAAUUACAUCCAUUAACGAUGACUACUAUAUUGUCGAUGAUUACUAUAUUGUCGAUAUUAUCUAUCUGUAUCUUAUUGGUAUAUAAUUAUUAUCGACGAAAUGGACGACUUAUCAAUCGUAUACCAGGACCACCAGGUUAUCCAAUUGUGGAAAGUUUUGUAAAAUUUAUAGGUUAUUCACGAGAAGAACAAUGGAAGUUUCUGAUGAAUCAAUUUGAUCAAUACUAUCCUAUUUUUAAAAUUUGGGGAAUUUAUUUUCCGGUUGUAUUUAUACGUCAUCCAGAUGAUCUAAAGAUAAUAUUAAGCAGUCCAAAGCACAUCAAUAAAAGUAUGUUAUAUGAUAUAUUAUAUCCUUGGUUGCGCACUGGUCUUCUUACUAGUUCAGACGCCAAGUGGCAUUCACAGCGGAGAAUAUUAUCUUCAGCAUUUCAUUUUAAUAUAUUACAGCAGAUCGGAAGAGCACACGAAUGUAGCACUAAUCAUGACUGA